AUGGGAGCGCGCGGACCCGCGGGCCGCCCGUCCAUCGCCGAGCUCGCGCGAUCGACGCUGCUCGCGGUGCUCGCGGUGGCGUGCGCGAUACCCCCGGGCGCGCUCGCGACGAGCCACGACGACACCGACGGGCCGCAGGCGGUGGCGGUGCACGAGAACGUCAGACUGGUGGAGGGGUGGUCUUUCCGCGAGGUGGACGCGAUAUGGGGGGACUACUCCCCCGGCGGGCUGUCGGCGUCGUUCGCCGUGUCCACGUGGGCGGAACGGCUCGACCGGACGCUAUACGCCAACCUCACGAACGCGGACGCGACGUCGCUCGAGGCGCUCCCGGAAUGCGCCGACUCGUCCAAAUUUUCCACCCAACACGUAAACCACACGCACGUCCCGAGCUACGUGAUCAACACGACGCUGACGUGCCGUCCCAAGCCGUUCGGCGUUGGCGUGACCGCGGGGUACGCCGUGGAGACCAGGUACGACGCCCCGAGCAUCGACGUCGUCGUGAAGGUGAACAACGUCAACGCCACGGUUCGCAUGAGGUCGAGCGACCCGAGGCUCGGGUACCCGGCGACGGCGUUCCUGAACGAGGACGAGACGGACGGAUGGAUCGACGCCGCCAACACCAGCGGCACGGGGGACGAUCGCGACGCGUCUGGCGUGGCGCUGGUCAUGGACGCUCGAAAUCCCACGCUGGUGGAGAUUGACGUCUCCGGCGACGGCGGGACGCGAGCGACGUAUUGGCUGCUGGUGACAAAAAACUCGUCGCAAUUCUCGUGCCCGGGACGAAACGCCAAUCCCGCGCUCGUCGACGGCGUGGACACGACGUGUCUGGGUAAGGAAUCGACGGUGGAGAGCGUGCCGGCGGUGGUUCAGAUUCAUCAGACGACGACGCUGCUCGUGCGGGGGAAGGACCGGGCCGGUAAGAUCAACGCGGAGGGCGGCGAGGCGGAUGGGAUCGAGGUGAAGAUUCAGCACUACUGGGAGACGACCGACUUGCACCUCAACCUGGUCACCAACUACGGCAUGGAGACGUACGGCACCGCGGAGGACCUCGGCAACGGCAACUACGCCAUAGCGUUCUCCCCCGGCAAAUCCGGAUUGUUCUUCUUCACGGUUUCGUUCUGGGGCGUGCAGCACACCGUCGAGAGGUUCAGGGUCGAGCCGAAGAAGGCGCUGGUCGUGGACUACGAAGUCACGUCGCCGGCGCUCGACAGGGUCGUCGAUGACCCGAAAUUGGGCGCGGCGACCGUGGAGGAGAUCGUCGACUUCACCGUUCGUUCCUCGGAUGGAUUGGACCACGCCUUUGACGACGACGCCGCGAUCACCGCGACGAUUCAAUACUUUGGCGUCGGCCCGGAGAGCGGGGGCAAGACCCGAGCGGACUGGCUGGCGGAUGAGGGGUGGCGCGAUCAGCACGGCUUCUACCACGAACCAAGUCCAACGCCUCUGGUGAUCUCGCGGGACGACCGAAUCGGCGAGCGGUACUUCAAGUUUGCGAAGACCCAGGCUGGUCAGUACGAGAUUCACGUCAAGCUCGGAGCCGCGCCCCUGGGCGAUAGCCCGUACACGAUUCACGUCAAGGGCGGUCCCGCCGUGAAUUACGUUCGGGCGAAUGCGUCGUCGCGAGUCGGUCUCACGACCAUCGUGUACGAGGGCGAGACGGCAGAUAGGCCGAGCAACUCGACCGAUCAGUUGUUACCUUCAAGUUACAAGCAGGGCGAAACCGACACUUACGAAGCCGGGACGAAGGUGCAGAUCGACGUCGAUCUGAGGGAUAAGUUCGGCAACGUCGCGACGAUCGACACCGCGCACCGCGAGCUGCUGGUUAAGUUCCAGGAUAAGAACGGCAACGGCGGCGGCGGCGGCGAUUUCAUCAUCGCCGAGGUCUCGCGCAAUUUCGAGGGGACGGCUGCCGGCUUUGGCUACAAAGCGUACGCCACCCUGACCCGCGCGACUGAGUACGCCGUCACGGCGCAGAUCGGCGGCGCGCAGCUGUGCGUCUCCAACAGCACCUGCAACGCGACGACGUGCGGCGACGACCCGAUUAAUUUCACGGCGAUUGACGUGUGCAUUCACGACGCCAACGUCACGGUGGCGAAAGCGUCCGCGGAAAAGUCUCUGUUGCUCGGCAGCGGCGCGGUUAAGGACGGUCGAAUCGUCGCCGACACCGAGGUGAGCCUCGCGGUGGUCCCGCUGGACGCGUACGGCAACGUCAUCACGAAGGACUCGAGCGCGUACGAGUUCAACGUCACGAGAGAUUCCGACAACCACGCGGAGGAGAGCAAGAAACCCAUGACUUACGACGCCGCCGCCAACGACGGCACGCACACGGGCACGUACAAGCUCACCAAGUCGGGCGUCUACACAGUGGGCGUGACGCAGACGGCUCCGGACGGCGACAUGUUCCACACCGUGGGCGGCGCCGACGGCGAAUUCAAAGUCACCAUCGUAGCCGGCGAUCCGAAACUGGACAACACCCAAAUCGCCGUCGCCGCCUCCUCCUUCGCCGCGGGCGAGGACGGCUCCGUCGACAUCACCCUCAGGGACGCCAACGAUAACGACGUCGAGGAGGAUCGAACGCACGACCUCGUGGUCAAGAUGAUACCCUCGUCUACAUCGUCAACGUCGCGUACCUUCGCCAGCACCGACGACUCGUCCGCGUCUGGCACCGGCGGCGCGGUUCGAAUCGCGUGGAACCGCACGUCGCUCAAGCACGUCGUCAGCUUCAACAUCCCCGCCGCGGAGACGUACGUCGUCGCCGCGUACCUCGGCGGCGAACGCGUCGGCGGAACGAGCGCCUCGAACGCGCGGUUCACCGUCACCGCCGGAGCUCCGGACGCGAGCGCCACGAGCGUCGUCGGCGCCGGGUUGCAGACGGCGACGGCGGGAACGCCGGCUUCGUUUCACGUCGUCGCCGCCGAUCGAUACGGCAACGCGCGAACGUCGGCGCACGCGACGAUCACCCCCGCCGUGCACGUGUCGGUGACGGUACCCGGGAGUACGUUCGGGGCGUGCGGCGCCGUGGACGUCGUCCAGUCGCCGACGGUGGUUUGGAACUCGGCGCGAAUGCGGUACGACGUGUCGUACACGCCGACGGUUUCCGGAACGUCUUCUGUUCGCGUGACGAUGGGCGGGAUGGACGUGACCGACUCGCCGUUCGCGGGCGCGGUGUCGCCGGGGGCGGCGGACGCGGCGAAGAGCCUCGUGUACGGCGCCGGGGUGCGCGGCGCCGUCGUUAACGGCGCCGGUCGGGUCACCGUUCGCGCGAGGGACGCAAACGGAAACUACGCCGUCUCCGGCGGUGAUCCGUUUCGAGCGUACGUCGUGGACGCGUCCACCGGCACCGGAUACGCGGACGUCACGAUGACGGAUAACGGCGACGGGACGUACUCGGCGCGGUGGACGCCCGCGAGCACCGGGACGGAGUACGAGCUCAACGUCCUGCUCAGGGGUACCCCGGUGGCGAGUAGUCCGUAUCGGGGGUUAAAAGCGGUGUCCGCGGCGGGCGCGGCGACGCCGGCGAUGUUCGAGGCUGCGGGCGACGGCCUCGAGCGCGCGGUCGCGGGCGAGCGCGCGACGUUCACGAUCGAGGCGGCCGACGCCGACGGCGUCGGCCUGGCGGUUGGCGGAUCGGAUCUCACCGUGACGCUGACGUGGACCCCGGUAACCGGCGGGGCUUCGCAGACGAAGACUCUGGCGAAGAAAAACGCAGGCGACGCCGGCGCCGACGACACCGACGUCGUCCUCGACAACGGCGACGGGACGUACGCGGUGACGUACACGGUGACGGCGGCGGUGGACCACGCGUUGGACGUUCGCGAGGGCGUUGGAUCUAACGCCAUCGGUGGUGCCUGGCCAAAGACGGUCACCGUCGUCGCGGGCGCGACCGACGCGUCGCGCUCGAGCGUCGAUCAGUCGACGAUUCCCUCGACGGCGUCAGCGGGCGACGAGCUCGUGCUGCGCGUGCACGCGGCGGACGCGAACGGCAACGCGAAGUGUCACGACGAAACCGGCGACGGCCACGACGCCUUUGUCCCCGCGUUCACGCUCGACGGAGUGCCCGUAUCCAACCCCGACGACGUCGUCUCCACCCCGCCGACGCGGAACAAGACUGGCGGGUACUACGACUUUACGGUUACGCCCAAAGCGGCGGGAACUUACGUAUUCUCCGCCUCGCUGAACGGCGUGAACGUGUCCGGGACGUCGACCGUGACCGUCACGGAGGGUACCCUGGACGCGUCGUCGUCCACCGUGGACGGCGCGGGGCUCUUCGGCGGUCUCUCGGGGGUGAAGCACUUCGUCCGAGUAGUCGCUCGGGACGCGCACGGUAACCCGAUUACGAACGAGACGACUACGCUCGCCGACGGCGACUGCUCGGCGACGCUCACCGCGACGGCUGCGGCUGCGGCGUCUCCGAACGUGACCGCGACGUGCAAUUUGACCGACGCGUCCACUGGUACCUUCAACGUCACCCUGUUGUCUUACACCGCGGGUAGUUACAAGCUGGACGUCGAGCUCAAGGGGGUCGCCGCUGGUGACUCGCCGUACACCAAGGUUUCCUUCGCCGCCGGAGGACCGGUGGCGAAGGAAUCGACCGUGGAGGACGUCGCGGCGAACGGCGCGGAUCUCACCGCGGUGGCGGGGAAAGAGACGACGUUCACGCUCACCGCGCGGGACGAGUUUGGGAGCGCGCGGACCGUCGGCGGGGAGGUGGUGUCGGCGACGUUGGACCGGGAUCCGCCCGUGUUCGCCGCGGUGCGGGAUAACAAAAACGGAACCUACUCCUUGACGUUCGUGCCGCCCGUCACUGGAACGAACCAGAGUUUCUCGGUGAUGAUCGGCACCUCGCACGUCAAGAACUCGCCGUUCAACCUGACGGCGACGCACGCGAACACGUCCGCGGCGCUCACGUACGCCGUCAAAAACGCCGCGUCCGGGCGCUGUCCGGAUGAAAAAGCCGAAACGGGCAGCUACGCGGCGUGCGGAGUCGCGAACGCCAUCUGCGGCGUCGCCGGCGCGGACAACGUCUUCAUCAUCAAACCGAUGAACGAGCACGGCGUUCCGCAAGACUUUGAAUCCGUCACCGACGCGUUCGACGUCGUCAUCUCCCCUUCGGGUAAUUCCUUCGGUAAUGUUUCGGACGGAUCUUUCCCGGGUGAAGCCGUCGCGACGAAGACGACUUGCGGGUACGAGGUGAAGUGGCGCGCCGAUCGCGUCAGGUACAAGAUCGACGGAACCGUCGCUCCGUACGAGUUGAACGUGACCCUGGGCGGGGCUCACGUGCAGGGUUCGCCGUUCAAGCUGGUCGCGGCGCCGGCGAGAGCGGCGGCGAAGGGCACGAUUGUUUUCCACACAAACUCGGGGGUGAUGGGCUACGAUUCGAGCCGCAUGCGCGAUAACACCUUCGUCGCCGGCGAGGCUCAGAAGCUGGUGGUUCAGACGAGGGACAUCUACAGGAACGACGCCAAGUACGACCCUUACGCCGCCCCGCAGGUCACGGUCACCGCGCGAUUGAACGCCACCCGGGGGCACAUCGAUCAGAACCGCGGAGAGGAGAUCUCCGUGCGGGUGACCAACAUGCUCAACGGACUCUACCGCCUGUCCUUCACCCCGAUCAAAGCCGGACCGUACGAGCUGUGGGUCACGGUGAACGGGGAGGUCGUGGGCGAAGACAAGGUGCCGCUGCCCGUCGUUGUCCAGCCGGCGGCGCUGUCGCCGCGCCACUUCGCGGUGUGGGGCCCGGGCAUCACCGAGCCCGCGAUUGUCUCCCAGCCGAACUACUUCAGGGUGCAGGUUCGCGACAGGUUCGGCAACAACAUCGUGCACGACGGGUCGCUGCUCGUGCCAGUCCGCCGAGGUUGCCAGCCGUAUUACCAGCACUACUACGAGAUUGAGGACUGCAAGGGGUACGAAAUCGGCGUGAAACUGGACGUGAGGGUGGGUGAGAUUUUCGACGCCACGUCUGCCAUCGUGGCUGCCGAGGAGACCACCGUCGAGUUCAUUCCCGACGGCCCGGACCUCUCCGGCCACGGCACCCUGGCUGGUUCCAGUUCCAUCCUCAACGCCACCAACAACCACACGAACGGCACCUACCUGGUCAACUACACGGUCGGUAAGAUCGGGUUCAUCCUGGCAACCGUCGACGUGGAGCGCGUCGUCGAGAGCAAGUACCCCAACGACGGCCGCACGCUCUGGCACAGCGAAUACUACAACGUGACGGACUCCCCGCACCCCGCUCGCGCCGUGCGAGGUUUUAUGGUAUCCGGCUCCAUGUCGGGCUUUGGCACCGAAGACGGAGCCGCCGCGAGGGUGGAACUUCCCGUGAUCAUCACCCCGAGGGACAGCCGCGGUAAUCACGCGGCGUUGCGCCCGGGCGACGCUUCGAGGUAUUCGCUGAGCGUCUCCCCAACGCACCGCGCGGAGGUCACGACGCAGCCCGCGCCCGACGGCGUCGGCAACUUGGUCGCCAGCUGGACCGGUAAGUCCCCGGGCGACGUCACCGUCAGCGUCAAACUCGACGGCGUCGACGUUCCCGGAUCGCCCAAGACGGUGAACAUCCUGGUCAAUCCGCUGUACAUGAACAUCAACCCGCUGCUGUCGAGAGCCUCCGGGCCGGCGCUGACGGGAUCCUACGCCGGUCAGAAGACGGGGUACACUAUCGAGUUGGUCACGGACUCGGGCGCGGGGUUCCCGGCGAGCGCCGACUACGAGUGGAACGGCGUGGACCCGUGCGUCGUGGGAUCCGCCGCGCGCGGGUUCGUGCAGGUCAAGCUGGAUAAAGAGCCGCUCGGCGCCGGUCCCGCCGGCGACGCCUCCAUCCUCGACAACUGCAACGGGAGCUACAGCGUGAGCCUGACGCAGACCAAGGCUGGCACGCGGCUGUUCCAGACCUUGAUCGGCCCGGAGGAGGACAACCCCAACUUCAAGGCUGGCGUGCCCCGAGGGAUCGGGCCGGUGGUGUCCGCAUCCGGCGUGGUGGACGCGGGCUUGGUCGACGUCGUGGUCUACUCCGGUCCCACCGCCACGGCGGUUGUCGAAUGGCUCGGUCACGCCAAGGCGGGCAACGGAUACGUCGGCGACAAGAUCGAGGUCAUGAUCUACCCCGAGGACGCUUACGGCAACAGGAUCGACUACCACGUCUUCCCGCGGGACGGACUCGGCGUCGCCGUGGACGUCAACGCCGUGGGGACCGACGCGUUCACGCUGACCCGGCUGACGGACACGUCCCGCCCCGGCCCCGCCACCUACCACUUCUACGGCGAGUACGUGCCCACCGAGGCUGGCAAGUACACGUUCACGGUGCACUUCAACGCGCAGGACGGAACGUACGAGACGGUUGGGAAGCCGCAGACGAUGGACAUAGCCGCGUCCACCGCCAGCGUGGAAACCUCGGUGGUGUCCGGCGACGGCGUGGCCAAGGCCAAGACCGGGGUGCUGUCGUGGUUUCGGGUGGAGCUCUUCGACCGCGGCGGGAACGCCGCGGGCCGCGGCGAGUACAUCGCGCCGCAGGACAAGCCCUCCCUCCCGCAGCAUCCGCGUCCGGGCGAGGUACCCACCAUCGUCGAGGCGAGGCUCGUUCCUUUCGGGAAGGAAUACGCGCAGGGAAGAGUCGCGAGCGUUCACUACGACGAGGAACACGACGUGUACAUCGGCAGUUAUAACGCCACCGAGUCCGGCCGAAGCUCCCUCGUGGUCCUGCUUUACGGCCAGCAGAUCAAGAUGGGGACGGAUUACCUCGGCACGGACCUCGUGGCGACGCUGGGGGGCGUCGAGAUCGCCGCGACGGACGGUGUCGUCGUCAAGGUUCGUCACGCGGAGGUUUUCGCGCUGGCCACCACGUUCAACCCGACGCUGGACGUUUGCAAGUACAUGGGCGUGGGCGGCGAGAUUUUCGAGUUUAUCGUCGAAGCCAGGGACGCGUUCGGCAACCUUCACGACGACGGCGACGAGAGGUUCACGCUGAGCGUCACCGCCCAACCCGCCGACGCCGUCACCAUCAAGUCCCCCGCCGUCGUCGCCAACCCCAACGGGACGUACACCGCGACGUUCACCCCGUACACCUCGGGCGAUUACUCGUUGAAGGUUACCCACGAGGGCUCGGGUUUGACGCUGCUGAACGAUUUUAAAAUCGCGGUGGCUUCGGGCAAGGCGGAUAAGGACAGGGUGACGCUCGGUGGCGCGGGGGGCUUCCACGGCGGCAAAGCCGGCGUCGCGCAGUCGUUCACCGUGUACGUCCGCGACGCCUACGACAACCCGGUGGCGUCCAAUCCCGCCGACGGGAUCGCGAUGCCCGUCUAUUCGGAUGAGUCCCUCGCGACGAAGAUCACGGAGUGCGAACUGACAGAAACCCCGGGCGAGGUCGGUCAGCUCACCGCGACGUACACCAUCACCGACACGGGGACGUACUGGAUCGGCGCGACGCUGCGCGGCGCGCUCAUCGCUGCGGCGCCGUUCAAGCUUGAGAUUGCCCCCGCCGAGGCGCCCGAGAUCACCUCGGCGACUGUCUCCUCGUCGCUGAUGCGGAUAGACGCGGCGUUUGACGUCGCGACCGACCGCGGCGCCGGCGCGAACGUCGCGAACGACGUCGGGUGCGCGCGGUACCUCGCCGCCGACUCCGUCGUCGACGUCGGCUCCGGCGCCGAGUGCGUGUGGGCGGAUGCCAAGACGCUGUCGAUUUAUUUCGGCGUCAACGCGACGAUCCGACCGGGUGAUUUCAUCUCUUUGGCCCAAAACGUCAUCAAGAGCGCCGACGGUAACUCGCACGGCGCGUCCGGGAGCUACGUCGUGAACGCCCCCGCCGUGCCCACGCCGCCCGAGGCGAGGCUCAGCGUCCCGGACAAGAUCGGUCCGUGCGACGGCGUCGUCUUGGACGCUUCGCAAUCGAGAGGCGGCGGCGGUAGGCCCAUGGAGUUUCGUUACUCCGUGGUCGCCACGGCCACCGAUGGAAGCGCGGUGGCGGACGCCCUCGGCGCCGCCGUGAGCGCCGCGGCGGCGGCUCGCGGCGGCGUGACGAAUCCGGUCAUUGUACUCGAGUCUGCGCACCUCGAGCCCGGCGUGAGCUACACGUUCACGGUGAGAGCCACGGAUUUUACCGGCGGGACGUCGACGGCUUCCGCGACGGUGACCAAGUCCGUUUACCCCAUGCCCAUCUCGAAGAUCUCGAGCGGGAGGACGUACACCGCGACGCGUUCGCACGCCGUCACCAUCGAGGGGGACGUUCAGCUGCCCUCGGUGGCUUGCGACGCCAUCGCGGCGACGGAGGUUGGCGACGGCAUCGACUACCGCUGGUCCAUCGUGGAGGGGCCGAUUCUGGUGGAGGAGAACUUCCAGAGCGCACACCACUUCGACGUCCACGCGCGCACGUUGACCACGCGAUCGCUGUACAUCCCGCCGCGCACGCUGGAACCCAACGCGGUGUACAAGUGGAGACUGAGGAGCUCCCUGCGCGUCAACCCCAGGGCGUUUUUCAGCGAUCAGAUUGUCACCGUGCGGGUGUCCAGCUCGCCGAUCGUCCCGAAUCUGCUCACCGGGGACCACCGGACCGUCUUCGCCGACGCGCCUCUCGCGCUGGAGGUGGCGCCGGAGGACCCGGACGACGCCAGGGACACGCAGGGCGCCGCGUUUCCGUUCACGUACGUGUGGUCGUGCAAGCUCCUCACGCCGAGCUCGGGCGCCGGGCCGGAUCGGAUCGAUUCCGAGAGCUGCGACCUGCCGCCGGAUAAGACGCCCGGCUCGUACCACCUCAGCGAACCCAGGGUGGUGUUCCCGCCGGGCGCGUUGACGCCCGGGAGGACGUACGAGUUCUCGGUGCGCGUCGCCCGCGAGCCCGUGGCGGGUGGUCGAAAGGUGGACGUGCCCAUGCGCGUGACGGUCAUCGAGCGACCGAACGCGACCGUUACGACGACCGUUACGACGGCACAAAACACGACGACGGCGCGAAACGGCUCGAACCCCCCCGCGCUUCGCGUCGUCGGGACCCCAACCGGCGUGUGGUCCGCGUCGCGCCGCCUCAACCUCUACGCCUACGUGGACGACUGCCCGGAGCCGGACCCCGCGACCUGCGCCGUCGCCUGGAGCUGCGUCGAGGGCGACCUGAGCGCGACGGGCGCGCUCGCGGCGGCGGCGUUGACGGGCGUGAACGGGUCCGUGCUGAGCAUCGACCGCGGUACACUCACCGAGGGGAUGUCGUACACGUUUCGAGCGUCGGGCGUCGGGGGGGGCGGGGCGGCGAACCUCACCGCCGACGUAAACGUAAACGUCAACGCGGCGCCCAGGGGCGGUACGCUCGAGGUGGCGCCGAUCGCGGACGCGGACGCCGGCCCGUUCGCCGACAUCGGGGUCGGUAAGUUCCUCGCGCGCGCCGUGGGCUUCGCCGAUGACCCGGACCACUACCCGCUGACGUACGAAUUUUUCAAAAAGAAGAACGUGACGGUGGACGUGACGGACGCAAACUCGUCAUCCGUUACGGCGCGAGAUCCACUCGGCGGGACGCAGACGGCGAACAACAUCGUCGUCAUCUUAGGCCCGGGGUGGCACGAGAUCGAGGUGCGGGUGACGGACAGGCACGGCGCCGCCGCCGUCGCGACCGCUACCGUCACCGUGGCGCCCGCGCCCGUCCCGUCGCCGCCCCCGCCGCCGCCGAUGCCGCCGCCGGAGUUUCAGGGACGCAGGAGGCUCCUCGCGGGCGUGGAGGCUGACGCGGGAGAUGAGACGUAUUACCUCAGCCACCAGCCGCCGUACACGCGCGGGUACAACGCCACCACCGCGGCGAGGUUCUUCGAGUUGAUGGUGGCGCCCUCCGUCGCCAUCGGCGCGCACUCGCAAAUCGUCCAAGCCGCGGAUGCGUACGCGAGAACCUUCGCCGUCGAACCAUCCGGGGUUUUGCCCGGGGUUUUGCCCGCCGCGGGUAUCGAUCCCGCCACCUCAAACGCGUGCGGCGACGAGGACCCGGACGCGCUCGACGUCGCGCGCGUGCACGCGCGCGUCGCCGCCGCAUUGGCGGCGGCGCGCGACGCCACCCCGCGAACGAACGCCGGGGUGAACCAGCUGUGGUGCGCUUCGGCCAUCUUGUCCACCGACCCCAGGCUAGUUCGAGCCGGCGUGGGCCGCGACUUGAUGCACGCGCUCGUCGCGGACGCGCGCGAACUCGCGCUGUCGAGCCGGGACAAGUCGCGGGACGGACCCGUCGCGGAUCCAGACUCGGGCGUCCUUCGGUGCGCCGUGGAACUCGCCUCGAACCUUCUCGCCGCGCGCGUCGGCGGUUGCGACUUGAGAUUUGACGAAAUCUCCGAAGCCGCCGCCGCGUCCGCCGUCGACGACGUCGUCUCCGCCAUCGGCGUCGCGCUCGUCCCGGGCGCCGUCGCGACGACCGCGGACGCGAGGCACGUGUCCCUCGCGGUCGCCGCCGCGGAUCCCUCCACGGGCGUGGGUUUCCCGCUCGUCGCGGCGAUCAACUCGCGGGGCAAGUCUUUCGCGAAGGCGUCGCUCGACGCCGACGCGUCAAAGGUUGGACCUUCCGGGUAUAACGGCACGAGGGGAAACUCGAUCGUCGCGGUGACGCACUACCGCGCCGGCGACGGCAUCGCCCCGUCCCUCGCGAAGGAGGUCAUCGCCCCGCGGCUCGUGAGCAACUACACGCACGUGACGUUUCAACACGUCGCAAACCUCUCCGAGACGGACACCGCGCGAUCCGUCGUGAAGGCGAUCACGAUCACGCUCGGGUACGACGAGGCGUCGCGAUCCAGCGAAUUGAACGCGGGCAGGCACCCGGAGGUGAGGAUCUACGACCACGCGCUCGCGCUGGCGACGCUAAACGCGAACGCGACGGACUCGCUCGGGAACAAGCUCGCCAAGUACCCGGGAUGGACCGAUCGAGGCGCUUCGUGGUCGAGCGCGGUUGCGAGAACCGCCGCCGAGGACGAAUCGGCCGAUUCGACGUACGCCGUCUUCGAGGGCCUCGAGUCCAAUAGGCUGAUGCUCGGGGUGGUGAUGGUGAACACCAACGCGCCGCCGCCGCCGCAGCCGCCGCCGCCGCCGAGCCCGCCGCCGCCGAUACCGCCGUCGCCGAUGCCGCCCCCCGCGCCGGAACCCGAGCCGGAGGAUCACACCGCGUGGAUCAUCAGCGGCGUCGUCAUCGGGGUAUGGUGUUUGCUGUCCUACGCGGGGUACUACUAUUACGUCAACUACUACAGCAAACGCGAUUGGUCCGCGGAGUACAAGGCGUACAUCGCGCGCAAGAAACACGCGCAGCGGAUGAAGGAGUACUUCAAGAAGGAGAAGGAGGUGAAGGAGAAGAUGUCGAUGAUUGACGCGUUCAAACGGGAGCAGAACCGGCGGAAGGUGUUGAGAUGGGCCAAGGUGAAUAUGGGCGCCUUGAGGGAUAGGCUCAGGCGAGGGCCGCCGCGCGUGGCGCCCGCGCCGGGCGGGAGGUUGCCCAGAAGGCCGCCCGCCAAGCUCGCGCUUCCGUACUGA